AUGUCUGAUACUAAAAAAGAACUCGUUCAGGAUUUAUACGAUGCUGCGCUUCUAACAUCGGGUGUCGUAGGAAUUUCGUAUGCGGCGAAAACAAUUGCGGGGAAAAGUUUAGGUGCACCGAUGACGCUGGAAGGAGCGAUGAAACUCGGUGUGGCCGUGGCGGGAAGUUCCGUUGCCGUGGCCUAUCUCAAAGACAAGGGUUACGUUCCAAAAACAAUCGGUCAAUAAUAAACAAUGACAACCAAUUUAGUAGUCGGUGGAUUAUUCAAUGCGGUCGCCUUUGCAGGCGCGGGAUUUUUAUUUUCCCAUUUGAAUCAAAACGGGUACAAGGAAGAAGUGAAAAGACAUAAUCAUGCGCUGGAAGAAUUAGCCGCGGCAAAAGAAAAAUUUUACGAAUCCGAAGUGAAAAGACGGAACGAAGAAAUACGACGACGGCAGGAAAUCUUAGAUGCGAAUCAUGAUAUCGAAGAGACGAAUAAAGCGUUGGAUGCAUUACGAAAUUAUAAUCGACGACAGGAUUUAAAUGCAUUGGAUCGUAAACCGAAAUUCGAAGAUUAUUAUCAACCGUUGGACGAAAUGCAAAAAUAUAUGUACAUGACGAUGGGAGUCGUCGGACUCGGUAGCGGAUACGUAUUGACACAAAUUUUCUAA